AUGGCUAGUGGUCAUCACAAUACAACAUUGGUUACCCCUUCCUACAAAGAUCCCGUACCCGGUUGGGUGGACAAUUUAAAUGGACCUGUCGGUGUGAUGACAGCCGGUGCCCGUGGUGUUCUGCGCUCAAUGAUGUGUGAUCUCGAUUUAGAAGCUGAUAUGAUACCUGUCGAUGUGGCCAUAAAUGAUCUCAUUAUAAUACCUUAUGGAUUUACACAAUAUAAAGAGAGACCCAAAGAAAUACCAGUCUUCAAUUUGGUAUUACCAGAAAAAUUGCGCAAGAAGUGGGGUUGGAUUUUGAACAGAGGCAUUGAACUGAAUGAGAAAUAUCCGCUGUCAUGGCCAUUAUGGUAUCCAAAUGCAACAAUUACAAUGAACAAAUACGUGCAUAUGUUCAAUAUGAUAUUCUUUAUGUGGCUGCCGGCUGUGCUAAUUGAUGGUCUGCUGACAAUUGCGGGACAGAGAAGAUUUAUGAUUCGUAUACAAAAGCGUAUAGCUGUCGGUUUGGAAGUAUUGCAAUUUUUCACUACCAGAAAAUGGGAUUUCCGCAAUGAACGUUUACUCCGACUAUUGGAUACACUGACGCCAGCGGAUUUAGAACAAUUUGAAGUGCAGGUCGAAAAUCGUGAAUAUGACAUUGAUGGAUAUUUGUUAUCAUGCUGUUUUGGAGGCCGUCUGUAUAUUUGCAAGGAACCAUUGGAAAAUGUGCCCAAAGCUAGAAUAAUUUUCAAAUGUAUGUACGUUUUGGAUAAAGUUUGUAAAACUUUGAUUUGUGGCUGGUUCUUCUAUUGGUUGGCAUCGAAAAUUGGUAUUUUCUAA